UGGAUGUGUUAAAUAUAUGUGUGAUUGUUUUCAUUGGAUUUGAACUUCUGGUGCUUUGCAAGGACAACGGCCUCAAUAUUGAGUUUCAGGCGGUAGAUGAAAGUAACGCAUGGUCAUCCGAACCAAUCACAGAACUUAAUGUUGAUCAGGAAGCCAAUUCUACCUUUCAAAUAAUUUGUAGAGUAGAAAAUGUCACAGAACUUAACAGAAUUACAGUUUUAAGACUGCAAUGGGAAAGUGACAAUACGAACAACGAUUCCUACACAGACAUGGCAUUUAUUCAAAGUGUUGAUCCGGGAAAUAAUAACUCAUACAGACAGGCUUCAUUGGUAGAUGGGGUCACGGAAUGGCUGGUGGUUGGAAGUUAUGACUUUAACAAUACUAAGAACACGACUGUCGGAGUAGCCAAACCUGUCGAGGAAAUGACAUGCAGGGAAAGUGUGGGAUACAGGUGUCACCUGGCUUACACAAAACCUGCUCCAUCUUACGAUUCAGUUACCGCAGUUGUUUCCAAACGGCUUUCCGUUACAAUGCGACCAUCAUUGUUAGUGUCGCGAUUAUAUAACGAAAGUAUCAAUAGGGAGGAGAUUCUAAACGGAAACAAUUCGGAAUACGUCAGACUUAAAAAGGGACAAAAGGUUAUGAUGGAAUGUCAUGCGAACAUCGGUUCAUAUAACAACACAGCUGAAAUUCACUGGUAUAGAAUAACCAUCACUACGAGCAGUCGAUUGGUUUAUAUCACAACAUCCCAAAAUUCAUCAAGUUUAGCAAUAAAGAAUGGUACUAUUUGUCAGUAUGAAAUGACAAGCAGAUUGGCGUACGAAUUGACAGGGGAUGAAAUGUUAGAAGCUCCAAACAACUCAGUACAUUUUCAAUGUGUAGUUACCAUUCCUACCAUUGACUGGAAAACUCCGGAAAAGUAUCGUGGGAACUUCUACUUUGUUUGGGACAACGAUAAUGAAACGAGCGCUUUCAACACAACUACAGCGGUCGACCCAUCGGUUGAAAAGGAUUCAGAUUCAACAUCAUCCACUCUGUUGAUAGCUGGUGCUGUCGGUGGUACAUUUGUUGCUGUUGUUACUUGUCUCGUUGUUUUGAUUUGGCUAAAAAGGAAAUACAACGGUGGGUGUAACUGUCGCCAAAAUGCAGUUGAACUCAGACAAAGCGCUAAAAACAAAGGAGACAAUGAUAUCACAGAGCCGGAUAAUCAAGCAUACGAUCAAUACGAGAACCUCAGUGAUGCUGGACGCAGUCAUUAUUCACAUCUGGAUGCAGCUCAACUAGCUAGCCACGCUUCAAAGUGCAAUGACUUGACAAUGUACAUGGAUAAGUAAAUUUGGUGGAAAAAGAAAUGUGAACUUCUCUUUCGGAACAAGACCUUUUGUACAAAAUGUAAAAACUUUGAUUCUACUUUAACAUUUCGGAUUGCGCGUUACCCGUCAAAUUAAUUUGUUUGGAUGCAGAACAUGACUGCCGGAUUUUACCUCAAUACAAAAGUGCAAUACACACGGAUAGCCCCUGAUGAAACAGUAAUGUGAAAGUUUGAUGAAUUAAAUGCCUUUUAGGUUUUUAAGUGUUUUAUUAAUAUGAAUCAUAUUUAUUGUUUCGUCAGCAUUGUAUUUUAUUACAGAAUGU